GCCACAGAGACGUUGAUGCUCUACGGGGUGGUUUCUUUGGUGCUGGAGGAAGACGGCACAGCGGUGGAGAGUGAGGAGUUCUUUCAAGUUCUGGACGACAACACAGCCCUCAUGGUGCUGGGGAAAGAUCAGAAGUGGAGUCCUGGGAAGGGUGGCGGCCGUUCAUACGCGCUAAGCCGAGAGAAGCCCCGAAACAGCCGGGACAUCGCCCGCAUCACUUUCGACAUCUACAAGCUCAACCCCCGCGACCUCUUCGGCAGCCUCAACGUCUCCGCAACCUUCUACGGGCUCUACUCCAUGAGCUGUGACUUCAAGUGCCUGGGGCCCAAGAAAGUGCUCAGAGAGGUGCUGAGAGUGGUCUCCGGCGUCAUGCAAGGGAUCGGGCACAUCCUCUUGGGCGCGUCUCACUACAUCCGUCGCCUCCUGGAGGGCGGUGAAAACUGGAACUCCCACGGCCGGCUGCGGGCCUACGAGGACUGA